CACGCAUCGCAAAACGAGGUCCCUAGGCGUACGGCGAAUAUUGUGAAGGCCACAUAGGAAUUUAAUUAUUUCGAAUUGCUGUAUUGCACGAUCAGCACAACUGGCAUUUCACGCAAACCCGGGAUAAUUCUCCUUCGUAAUCCCCUAGGGCUCCUCACCCUACCCACACCAAGAUGGGCAAAUCGUCCAAAGAUAAGCGGGAUGCAUACUAUCGACUCGCCAAAGAGGAGGGAUGGCGCGCCCGCUCAGCGUACAAGCUCGUCCAACUAGACGAAGAAUUCAACCUCUUCGAAAAUGUCACCCGUGUUGUGGACCUCUGUGCAGCACCCGGGAGUUGGUCGCAAGUGCUAUCAAGAGUGCUCAUCAAAGGUGAAAAGUUCGGAAGAGCGGGCUGGGAGAGGAAGCAGGAGGAGAUGAGGAGGUAUGUCCUGGGUGAUGAGAACAAGGAGAAUGCGAGGGAAGAGUCAGAAAUUGCCGCACAAAAGCAGGAGAACAAGGAACCUAGGAAAGACGUCCGCAUCGUAGCCAUCGAUCUGCAGCCAAUGUCUCCUUUGGAAGGGGUCACGACUCUUAGAGCGGACAUCACGCAUCCUUCCACCAUACCCCUCCUCUUGCGAGCACUGGACCCUUCCUCAACGUCGGCAUCAUCAUCGCCAACACACUCGGUCGACCUAGUCAUUUCGGACGGUGCCCCUGAUGUAACAGGCCUACACGACUUGGACAUCUACGUCCAAUCCCAGCUUCUGUGGGCAGCGCUGAACCUGGCUCUCUGUGUACUGAAGCCUGGAGGCAAAUUCGUGGCCAAAAUCUUCCGUGGCAAAGACGUCGAUUUGCUGCUUGCGCAGCUGAAGAUUGUGUUUCACCGGGUGAGGGUCGCGAAGCCGAGGAGUAGUAGGGCAAGCAGUAUUGAGGCCUUUGUGGUUUGCGAGGGCUUUUGCCCGCCUGAAGGGUUUACCGCGAGUUUGGACAAGCCUUUGGGCGGUAGUGCUGGUUUGGGUAUUGAGAAGAAGAAAGAGAAGACUGAGCCUAAGAGGACUGUGAGAGAAGAUGGUGCAGUGGAGAUCGAAUUGGGCUCCGAAAGCGACGAGGAGGGACAGGAGGAUGAUAUUCAAGAUGGAGGUGCUCGGUGGAUUGCCCCAUUCCUAGCUUGCGGCGAUCUUUCUGCAUUUGACUCGGACGCUACAUAUCACCUGCCCAAGGAUAGAGUCAGUCUGGAUCCCAUACAGCCACCCACGGCACCACCUUAUAAGCGGGCCCUGGAGAUGAGGAAGCUGGCUGGAGGAGCAUAUGGGAAGACCAAAUUACACGAGCAUCCGGACACUACAUAAUAAGAAUCACGAGUCGCUCUGUGUCUGCGUUCGGCCAACAAUUCAGCAGAAUCUGUUUCAUGGUGUGCUCUCGCAUGUACUCAUACGGCAGCCAGCGCGAUUCGUCAUCGUCUUUGUUUUCCUCAAUAAACCCUCUGUGCGAACCCCAUCUCGUUCCUCCCCAAAUCGAACACCGCAACGACAUUCUUCAAAAACGCAUCUCCCAAAACCGGAUUCCCACCCCCAACUUUCUGUACACUCAUCACACAAGUCCC